AUGGCAAUGGCUGUGAGGGCCAUUAGCAGUAGCAACCCAUUUGAGCGGCUGCGUCCGACGCCUCGCAGCGAAGAGGACGACAUACGAAAAGGCAUUUUUGGCCAGGCGCUGCGGCUGCUGUACUCUGCUCCUGACGAGGAGAAGUUGCGGUGGCGGCACGCCAUUGAGGCCACCGCCGCGUUGAAAUCCGCACCACAGCGGAAGAAACAGCAGCAGCAGCAGACAACGACAGUAGAAGAAAGCAACAACAACAUCGAUGGCAGUGACGGUGUGGCGCCACCUGGGGUCGCAGCUUCACUGAAGCGGCCCCGUGAGGAGGGAAGUGGAGAGACAGACCAAAACCAACAGCGGCAAGGGACGGGAUGCGCAAACGACAGUGUGACAGCUGGCACGAAUAGCCACAGUAGUGACCACACCGCGGCGGACACGAGCGCCCCGCGCCUGUCCGAUACGGAGUUCAUUGCCGCCUACUUACGCACGCUGCUUGACAAGGUUGUGGGACUGAGCCUUCUCGAGCUCCACGUCGAUGCGCUGCGUGUGCUGUGCGUCAUGCUCAGCAUUCCGCUCCCCACCAGCAGGAGCAAGAUGACACAUUACAGCACACUGGCCAGCUUUUACUACACGCAUUGCGAGAAGCUUGGUAAGCGUGUCUCAAGUUCUCGCCACCUUGAGGCACAGCUUAAACUCGACGAGCCGAUGCUGCGAAAGAUAUACUCCAAGGCCUCCACGCCUAAUGUUUCCGCAGCAUCCGUGAGGGCCAAGUCGGGGACAGCAAAACCGACGACAGAAGUAACGUCAGAAGCACCAACAAAGCAAUUGAGGACCUCCACAAGCAGCCGUACCGUUUUAGGUGCCGUAGACGGCAACGUGGCCACGUCAGCGAAUGCCACGCGAGUGAGGAGGCGAAACAGUGAAGAUGGAGCCGAAGCCGCAACGCGAACGCAAACCUCGCCACCCAAGGAAUGUGCACAAGCAACGGGGGAGUCAGAAGAGGAUGAUCACGAGCAGGAGGAACAUGUCUUGGAGGUACAGCAUAACGGCAAGGUAUUUGCAACAGCGGCGGGGACCAAACAGCAACAACAACAACAACAGCCGUCUUCUUCACUGCAAGAAGACGAAGAUGAAGACGAUGAAUGGUCAAUGGCACAACUCGAGCAGAAGGUGGCGUCAGUGGUGCAUUUGUACGAUCCCGUGACUUCCGCGGUGGUGGUGAAGAAGUUGGCACAGAUGGGGUACCGCAGUCCACGCGCAGCGGAGACGGUGGAGGCGAUACUGCGCAGCUUCCAUCAACGCCAAUUUGUCUUCUACGACAAUGGCAUUGCUUACCUUCUGUAG